GUUCAGUGCUUUGAGGGUGUCUUGUCAAACCGAGGCUACGGUAAGCCAGCACAGUAAGACACCCAGUUGCAUCUGAUCAGUCCCUUUUCUCUUUUUGCAUUGUUUGUCUGAAGUUUGAUAAGCAGGGUCGUGUGCAGGUGGGUUUAGACAGCUGCAUUCCACAGUUGAGAUGUGAGUCACGACUUUCUUCCCCCUCCUGACACUAAACAGAAACGUGUUUCUAAAAAACACCAGUAACCACUGGAGGCAAUUUUCUAUAGUCCACAUAACGGCCUUCAUUUGUCGGAUGAACAGAUUUGCUUUAGAAUAUUAAUAUUUCCCCUCUGCGUCACUCUUCCGUGACUCCUCCAAUGCUUGGCGACGUCAGUGAGCGGGCUUCGUAUCUCCACAUUUCGAAGGUGUCAGUCUUGAUUCUGCCCAGUAGGUGGGACUUGAUGUUUGAAGCACGAACUUGUUCCUACACGCUCUCCUCGGGUAUCUUCCUCGUCUGCCGUGUCGGGUAGAGGAGCCGGUCGCAGAAGACACAGACGCUUCUAUCAUGGACUGUAGUCUUAGGAAAGGAGUGGAGCGAUCGAGCCACCGACUGUGAUUUUUUGGAUAUCAGAUACCGGAUAUUUUUCCUUUUGCUUAAAGGUUCCCGGGCUCGAGGAUUUAAGUGGAACAAUACAGCAUUUAGCGAUAACAGCUCCGGACUCAUGGUCACGGGCGCGCGCGCUCACAUAUAAACGCAUUGCACAUACACACUCAAGCUCACAUAGACACACACACAUAUCUAUAUACGGUCACACAGACACACAUCUACGCGCUGACACACACACAAACAGCAACACGAGAGAGCGCUCUUUUUUUUCCCACUGACGGUUUUUGUCUCGUUUGGAGACGAGAACUCCGAACGGAAUAAGGAGUCAUGGAUGUAUGGAUGGGCUCCGCUCGAAGUCGCUGUUGGUGGAAGGUUUUGUUUUUCUCCCACGUUCUCCAAAGCGCCCUUUGCUCUAUGCUUGAUUGCCCGCCAACCUGCACCUGUUCGCCGACAGAGAUCUACUGCACUAAGUCUGACAAUGGCAAUUUUUUCCCUUUACUGGCCCUGCAAGAGACCGGAGGCAAUGGCAACACCAGCAUCGACAUUGAGGACCUCUUCAAGAACAUCACGUCCAUACACAUUGAGAACUGGACAGGCCUGCAGAUCCUGAAGGAUGUGGACAUGGAGCUGUACACGGGACUGGAGAGGCUAACAAUCAUGAACUGUAAUCUCCGGCAGAUUCAGCCACGCGCCUUCGCUCAGAACCCCCAUCUGCGUUACAUAAACCUGUCGAAGAAUCCCCUCUCCACCCUCUCCUGGCAGCUCUUCCAGAGUCUUCAGCUAAACGAGCUGCGUCUGGAGGGGAUCCUGUUUGACUGUGGCUGUGGGAUCCGCUGGAUCCAGCUGUGGCAGCAGAGAGCAAAAGCCCUUCUCAACGGCCAGCGCCUCUACUGUAAGAAAGGAGGCGGUUCCAAGAUCUCCCUGCGCUCCAUGCACAUCCCCCACUGUGACCUGCCAGACAUCGCUGUGACCCACAGCAACCUGACGGUGAUGGAGGGUGCUAAUGUCACCGUCACAUGUAACGGAUCUGGCGUGCCCCUGCCCGAGGUUGACUGGACCGUCAGUGGCCUGCAGUCCAUAAACACACACCAGUCUAAUGUAUACCCCAACAACAUCCACUCAAUCAAUCUCACCCUCUUCAACCUGAGCCGGGAAGACAACGGCUUCACCCUCACCUGCAUCUCAGAGAACGUGGUGGGAAUGACCAACGCUUCCAUCCAUCUGGCCGUGCAGUUUCCUCCAGUCAUCCUGAAGCUGGAGGAGCCGGAGCAUCGUCACGAGACCUGCAUAGAGUUCACGGUGCGGGGGCAGCCUCAGCCCGACCUGCGCUGGUUCCACAAGGGCAAGGAGAUCCUGACCAGCCCCUACAUCCGCGUGGAGGUGGAGCAGUACCGCGACUUCCUGGAGGGAUGCCUCAGCUUCCGCAACCCCACCCACUACGACAAUGGCAACUAUACCCUCGUGGUCUCCAACUCCCUCGGCACCGUCAACAAGACCGUGGCCGGCCACUUCCUAGAUGCCCCGCCGUUUCCUGAGGAGGAUAUGAUUGUGUUGGGUACUCCCACGCCGACUGAUGAGGUGGCCAACAUCCCUGAAGAGGAUUCCUUUGGGGUGUCCAUUGCCGUGGGGCUUGCUGGCUUCGCCUGUGUCCUCCUCAUCGUCCUAUUCGUCCUGAUUAACAAAUACGGCCGACGCUCCAAGUUUGGCAUGAAAGGUCCAGUGGCGGUCAUCAGUGGCGAGGAAGACUCCGCCAGCCCUCUUCAUCACGUGAACCAUGGCAUCAUCACUCCGUGCACGCUGGACGCCGGUCCGGACGCAGUGGUCAUCGGUAUGAGCCGAAUCCCAGUGGUCGAGAACCCCCAGUAUUUCAGACAUGGACAUAACUGCAACAAGCCCACCACCUUCUCUGAUGCAGACUCUCUCUCUCCCAUCCCAGACGUGCAGCACAUCAAGCGGCGGGAGAUCAUCCUGAAGCGAGAGCUGGGAGAGGGGGCGUUUGGGAAGGUGUUCCUGGCCGAGUGCUACAACCUCAGCCCUAACAAGGACAAGAUGCUGGUGGCCGUCAAGACCCUGAAAGACCCGACUCUGGCGGCCAGGAAGGAUUUCCAGAGGGAGGCGGAGCUUCUGACUAACCUCCAGCACGAGCACAUCGUGAAGUUUUUCGGCGUGUGUGUGGACGGGGACCCUCUCAUCAUGGUGUUCGAGUACAUGAAGCACGGAGACCUCAACAAGUUCCUCAGAGCUCACGGUCCUGAUGCGAUGAUCCUGGUUGACGGGCAGCCCAUGCAGAGCAACGGGGAUCUGGGGCUAUCCCAGAUGCUCCAUGUCGCCUCCCAGAUCUCCGCGGGGAUGGUCUACCUGGCUACCCAGCACUUCGUGCACCGUGACCUGGCCACACGCAACUGCCUGGUGGGUAACGGCCUGCUGGUCAAGAUCGGAGACUUCGGCAUGUCCAGGGACAUCUACAGCAGCGACUACUACAGGGUCGGAGGUCACACCAUGCUGCCCAUUCGCUGGAUGCCCCCGGAGAGCAUCAUGUACAGGAAGUUCACCACAGAGAGCGACGUGUGGAGCUUCGGGGUCAUCAUGUGGGAGAUCUUCACCUACGGGAAGCAGCCCUGGUUUCAGCUGGGCAACAACGAGGUCAUUGAAUGCAUCACUCAAGGUCGCGUGCUGGAGAGGCCGCGGGUGUGUCCCAAGGAGGUCUACGACGUGAUGCUGGGCUGCUGGCAGCGAGAACCGCAGCAGCGGCUCAACAUCAAAGAGAUCGGGAACAUCCUGUUCGCCCUGGGCAAAGCCACGCCCGUCUACAUGGACAUCCUGGGCUAGUAGCGGCGCGAGGACGGAGACGUGGGGACACAGAGACACACGCGCCCGUGUCCGUGUCCGUGUCCACGCGCGUGCCAACUCAAUCCAGGAAUAACCAAACAAACCUUACUGCUCCACUGUACAAACAUCGACAUGCUGGGGACGGACUCAAGUGCCUGCUACUUUUCUUUUCGAUACACUGGACAAAACUAUUUAAAGACAAAAACAGAUACAAAAAAAAAUGAAUAAAAAAUAGUUUUACAUUUUGUUUACUCUCAUACAAUACAGUGUACAAAGCUAUUCUACAAACAAAGACAAAAAACAAAACUUUUUUUCUCUUUAAAAGCUGAGACAAAUUAUAUAAGGAUAUGGAAAGGUAAUGUAACCAGCUGGUCUUUACAACCAGUUGUUUGUAGGUUGGCAACAACACGUAUGAAGAGUAAGAUUUCCAGUGUUUGAUUUUAUAAAUAUAUAUAAAUAUAUUAUAUAUAUUUUUAUUUAUUUCGUGUUUUUCGGAGGUAUGGAUUUCUGCUGUGUCUGAUGCUAAGACCCCGACCCCGACCCCUUUUUAAGAAGAGUGCUAAUAGCUGUUAGUCGGGGAUUCCAGAGGAAAGCCUUACUACGAUCUGAUUGGCCCAAACCAGGCUGCCAGGGAGCUAGACUUUUUUACUUAAGCUGAAUUGAUACGUCACAAGUCCUAGCAAGAGGGGAGGACCUUCAAUCAGUUAAAAAUAUACAAACAUAUAUAUUUUACUUGUACUUGAUUGUACAUACUGUAAAUUUAUAUAGGUGUCAAACUAUGUUAACUUAUUUUUUCCUACCUAGGGCAUUUUAGUUGGUUUUUGGCUAUAUCGUAGGUUAAUACUAUAAAACUACUCUAAAUGUGUGAGUUCAGGAGGGUGUUUGUGUCAUGUUAUUGUUCAUUUUAGCGCUUCAGUCUGAGCAGAGCAGUGUGAAGAAGACCGCCACCACAGGUGUUGCGUCUGCAGCUAAAAAACGAGAAACAUUUGGAGAGGCUCCACCAGUGAGCACGUGGAGUAUACUGUAUGUAAAACAGUGUUUCUCAGUGUUGUUCAUCAUCUCCCACCACUGUAUCGCACAUGGCAGUCCAGUAACUGGCAAUGAUGAGUGCUGCAAUCGCUUUUCGCGCCCCAGAGGGGCGAUCGCAGAGAUGUGUACUGUGGAUGUUUUUAUGGGACUCACACACAAUGCCGUCCCCCUACAGCUCCGGUGCGUGGAGAGUGCCGCGUCAUCGCCAUGGUUACGCCACAGUGCGGCCCAAUCAAAGUGUUUGUUGUUGCGAGGCUGCCAUCACGUCAGCGCUCAUACAGGCGCAAUUUCUUCUCAAAAACUUUACUUCCCAAAACCUUUCAGAAUGUUUUUUUUUUCUUUUCUUUUUUUUACAUGUUUAUGUUCAUUUGUACUUUGUUUUUUUUGGCUACUUGCAAUAUCAGAAACAUUUGCAAAGAAUAUAAACUGUAUAGGACAUUACAAUGUAUGUAUAGACAAAUGUGUGAAAUAAAGACAUCUGGCUUAAACAAGUCA